CGCGGGGGAGGACUUCCUGGACAGUAUCAAUUUAAAAUUCACUUCCAUUUUAAUAGUUGAUUCAGCAAAAUGUACUUAAUAAGUUUGUUUGUGUUAAUUAAUCCAAUUUUCAGUUUGGAAAUUUUGGAAAAGAAUGAAAACUGUCCCUUUUCGUGUACUUGCAAACUGGAGCAUUUGACCGAAACUGCCAUUUACCGUUUUAUGCAAAACAAUAAGAAAAAACAAAACUCACACGAAGUAAAUUCGGUUGAAUUCAAUGACGUGCUUUAUGACGAUAAUUUGGAGUCGGAAUUACUCGAUGACAAACCAAUUGUCCGUUCCGCAAUUUGUAUUUUACACACCGAGAUUGACCCCUUGGACCUAAUCACCAAACUCCCCUCCGACUUGGAGACUUUGACCCUGAUUCAAGGGUACAACACAGGAAGUAAAACAAUAAAAUUCAGUUAUUUAAGUAAAUUCAAAAACUUGCUCAGUUUGGAGUUACUCGGUCCCAAUUUACUUAACAAAAUGACAAACAGUAGUCUAAUUAGCGAAAUUAACUUACCCCUCCCCGAUUUGAAAUAUCUAAACCUUGAAAACAUCCAAAUCAAAAACUCGAAAAUACAAAUUCAAAAAUUCGUCAAAGAAUUCAACGACGUCCAAACCUUCGAAUAUGUGCAAAAAAUCGACACCAAUGGACAACACCCCCUCACUAUGGUCCAACAAGGGACCAACGAGGAAAUCCUCCCUUACGAAAAAUACAAACAACAAGAUGACGAAAACAAAAUUCCACUUUUUAUCGGAUUUAAAAAUUUGUUCUUGUUGAGAAUCACACAUUGCGAGCUUAAUAAUGUCCACUGGGCCAUGUUUGACGGUUUAAACAAUUUACAAUAUUUGAUUUUGGAUAAAAACAACCUCAGGUUUAUACCCCCAUUUGCCUUUUAUGGUACCCCAAAUUUAAAAACCUUAUCACUCGCACAUAACAAUUUACUCGACAUUCAAAUAACUGACUUGGCGGGGCUCCUGGAACUAGAAUAUUUGGAUUUGUCGUAUAAUAAUUUUUCACAGUUGUCAGAACUGUCACUCCCUCCAUUUCCCAAAUUAAAACUUGCUGAUUUUGGUAAUAACCCAAUUACGGUGAUUUUUCCCAACACUUUUGAGGUCAUGAACACAACAGACUCGCUCAUAAUUGGCAGCAAUGACGUCAAUUUGUCACUAAUGACAAACUCAUUUUUGGGGCUAAAUCUCCUCAAAGCUUUGACUUUAAACAACUUGAAAAUUAGACGACUUAAACGCGACUUAUUUGUCGGAAUGCCAAGUCUGAAUGAAUUAACUUUAACUGGGGACAUCACCGAGAUCGAGUUUGACACGUUUUUGGAUGUUUACAAGUUGAAAAAAUUGAUUUUGAGUAAUUGCAACGUAAAGAAUGUCUCAAUGGACGCGUUUAUCGGUUUAGAAAAUUUACAAGUUUUGGAUUUAUCGAAAAACCAAUUAGAACAUUUGCCACCGGCCGUUUUCGACCAAUUGCUAAACAUUAAAGAAAUUUAUUUAAACGAAAAUCAAUUAAUUAAAUUGCCUCGAGACAUUUUCGGGAAAAUUCACCCAAAAAUGAUUCGUUUGAACGAAAACCCCUGGCAUUGUUCCUGCGAAAUGAGCGAAUGGAAACCAAUGAUUAUCAACCGAAUCAAACAAAAAGUCAUAAAAUCGUGCGAUUUUACCCAAGACAAGGGCGUCGGAUGUCUUCAAGACAACCGAUUCACUUUUAAAUACGUUUACGAAAAUAAGGUAACCCCCAAGUGUGUCCACCCCAAACAAUACGUCAAUUGGAGCGUUUUUCACGCCAUGAGACGAUUAUUAAAAUGCCCGGAAUAUAAACCAAAAAUUAGAAAACACGAAAUCUUACGUCACAAAAUCCUCAAACAUGGCUCUCAUAAUGUAAGCAAUGACUUGAAUGUUUUACCACAAAUACCUCCGAAAUUGCGCAAAAUAAGGAAGCCGAAAAAACACUUCCAGAUGGACAACAAUAUUUUAAUUUGAGAUAAACAAUUUUAUCGCUGUUUAUUUAGAAAUAAACUUAUGUAACAUAUAAUCUUUUUCAUUUUAAUGUGCAUCAAGUAGGUUGUAGAAGUCUAAAUGCAUCUUUAUU